AUGUCUGGUCUCAUCGACAUUCUAUCUUUGGGUACCACGACCUCCCUCUGCCAGACCAAGUUCCAAGCUUCCCUCGGACAUGUCUCCCUUACCAAUAGGUUCCUUCCCCCUUUGACUACUAUCAUCGACACCUCAGUAGUGAAGAAUUCGACCGACCAGACUCUGCCUUCAGCGAUGGAAGCUGCUUUCGUCGAGUCCAGGAAUACUGCCGUAUAUGAACCCACCACGGAGGCAUCAGGAUUCAGCAGCACGGGUAACUCCACGUGGGACAGUGUCGCUGGCCUUCAGUUGAUACGCCACGUCAGCAGCAACAUCCCGUCCAGCAGCUGCAACAGCUCGCAGAGCGAUUCGUCAUGCGACUCAUUUUGCCUCGACGAAGUGGUCUCCGAGUUCAUCGAGGAAGGCAACGACGUCGUUGCCGACGCUGGCGACGGUUAUGGCUGUCGAAAGAACAAGGUCGCGGCUACUCAAGCAAUGUCUGUCAGGAAAUUCAAUUCGGAACCGUCAGUAGCAGCAGCGCAAGACGGCUCACGGCGACCAUCCAUAACCCGAUAUGGCGAGAACGACGGUGCUGAGCCUGACUCGGCGAGACGCGUCAGCGAAAAACGGGAGAACCACGUGUACGACGCUUCCACUGGCGCGUGGCGGUGUCAAUUCUGCGGAGGAAGUCGGUGUGACGGCCUGGACUGCCAGCGGCAUACGAGCUACCAUCAUCAUGGCCUUUAUGUGAAUCAACAACGCACGGAUAACAGCUCGUGCAGCGAAAUAGAACGACUCGCCUCCAUGAUCGAGCCACUCAGCUGCUGUGAGACGCCAGAAGAAUAUACAGUUUUUGAUGUCGUCACUGCCGCCAUGGAGCAUACGAGGACCCCGUCUGCUGACGUCAGCACAAGCAGCGACAGUGUACGCAACACGGUGGUGCAGCAGUUGCGGAGUCGGGGAUACGAUGCUGCUGUGUGCUAUUCUCAGUGGGACUACUCCAACGGCGUCCCUGAUGGCUCUCACGUGUACUGUGACGUCAUCCUUCAUCCAUCCUCCCCACAUCGUCUACCUGAGCGGCUCAUAGUUGACCUUGACUUCCGGGCACAGUUUCAAGUCGCUCGUCCGACACCGCAGUACAGUUACAUUCUGCAGCUAACUCCGGUUUCUUUCGUCGGCUGCCCGGACCGGUUACACCGACUGGUGGAGAUUUUGUCUGAGGCGAUGCGGCUGUCUCUGCAUGCCCAGGGCAUGCAUGUGCCACCCUGGCGCCGACACCCAUACCUCUCUGCCAAGUGGACAGCCAUUAACUCUCGCCAAGUCAGCACUUCUGCAGAUUGUUCAGGGGAAUCUGAUCCAUCCGCUGCUGCUGCUGCUGCAGUCUCUGCUUCUGCCAAUAAAUCAGCUGCUACACCUGGUCCUGCUAUUGCCACUGCAUCCAACCACAUGGGCUUCACUUGUGUACUCGAUCAUACCCGGCAGCACAGGCCAAGAGCUGCUGUGGUGGGCCUGCUGGCGAGAGGUAUGAAAGAGCUGGCCCUGCACCGCCAAGCAGUGGUUUGA